AGCGCUGUCCGGCGGUGCCGCGCCAGGAGGAGUCGCCGCUGCUCCGCGCGGGGCCGGGGCCGCCGCAACCGUCGGUAAGAGCGGGCGGGGCGCGGCGGGGCGGGGCCCACGCGGGGGGUAACGGCCGCGCCCACUCGCGGCCGUAGGGUGCGCGACCCCGCGGUCGGCGGCUCGGUGCCAUGUGCGGGGCUCCCCGCUGCCCGAGCCGCGCGGGCCGUGCCCGUGGUGGGGCUGUGUCACGCGUGGGGUGCGCGCGCGGGGGCUGCGGCGGCCCGGUAUCCCCGCAGCACGCCGUCCCCGCCAACCGUCCCCUCCGUCAGCCGAGGGCGCAGCCCGCGGCCGCACGACCACCAUGCCGCUGGGACACCCCGCGCCCGGCUGGAAGAAGAGGACCGAGGACAUUCGCCGCAUCUACGACUUCCGAGAGGUCCUGGGCACGGGAGCUUUCUCUGAAGUGGUGCUGGCGGAGGAGAGGGCAACCCAGAAGCUGGUGGCCAUCAAGUGUAUCGCCAAGAAGGCGCUGGAGGGGAAGGAAGCCAGCAUUGAGAAUGAGAUCGCCGUCCUGCACAAGAUCAAGCAUCCCAACAUUGUGGCCUUGGAUGACAUCUACGAGAGCAGCAGCCACCUCUACCUCAUCAUGCAGCUGGUGUCGGGAGGGGAACUCUUUGACCGCAUCGUAGAGAAGGGUUUCUACACGGAGCGGGAUGCCAGCACGCUGAUCCGGCAGAUCCUGGAUGCUGUGCGCUACCUGCACGACCUGGGCAUCGUGCACCGCGACCUGAAGCCCGAGAACCUGCUGUACUACAGCCUGGAGGAGGACUCCAAGAUCAUGAUCAGCGACUUCGGGCUCUCCAAGAUCGAGGGCUGCGGCAGCGUCAUGUCUACUGCCUGUGGGACACCCGGCUAUGUGGCCCCGGAAGUGUUGGCACAGAAGCCCUACAGCAAGGCAGUGGAUUGCUGGUCUAUCGGCGUCAUCGCCUACAUCCUGCUCUGUGGGUACCCCCCCUUCUACGAUGAGAACGAUGCCAAGCUUUUCGAGCAGAUCCUGCGGGCUGAGUACGAGUUCGACUCACCUUACUGGGAUGACAUCUCGGACUCAGCCAAAGACUUCAUCAGACACCUGAUGGAAAAGGACCCUGACAAGCGCUUCACGUGCGAGCAGGCCCUGCAGCACCCCUGGAUUGCUGGGGACACAGCCCUGGACAAGAAUAUCCACCAGUCGGUGAGUGAGCAGAUCAAGAAGAACUUCGCUAAGAGCAAGUGGAAGCAAGCCUUCAAUGCCACUGCUGUGGUGCGGCACAUGCGGAAGCUGCAGCUGGGAACCAGCCAGGAAGGCACUGGGCAGAUGACGCCAAGCAGCCCCUGCCAUGGCCAAUGGCUGGGAGGGGGUUCCAGCAGUGCAGGGUCGGACUGUGAGCGGGUGCCAGCAAACAGAACCCCCCGCCUGCCCCCCGACUGAGGGGGUCUGGAGAUCCCAUGGGCAUAACACAGGGUAUGGGGGGGGGUCCACGGGGGUCCUGCUGCCUCCUCAUCUGCUCCCUUUUGGGGGGUAAUGGUAGCAGGGGAGGGCACUCUGCCCUGCUCCUCACCAUCUCCUGGAGUGAUCCCAACCCACCCAUGGGUGAGGAGUCUGCAUAGGGAGCCCCCAGGAGAACCCCCCCCCUCUCCCCCAACCAGCCACUGGGGGCUGCAGCCCAGCCCCCUCUACCCCCUUUCCUACAUCUGCCCCCGCGCAUGUUCAAAGAGUUUUCCAAAUGGACAUUUCUAUUUUAUUCCUUGUAAUAAAGGAAAUAGACAAA